GCAAAUUUUUUUUUUUAUUGUGACACUGCAAGCGACGUUUAUUGUGUAUUCAUUUUAGUUAAAUUCGUUUUUAGCAUAUAAUUUAGUUAUUUAAUUUAUUACAAUGGCUGAAUUUCUGGACUCCGAUGCCUCAGAAUCCGAGGACGAGGAAGAGUUGGAUGUGCAUGAACGCAAAAAGCUGAAAAAGUUAAAAGCCGCAGUCUCCGACAGCAGUGAAGAGGAAGAAGAUGAUGAUGAACGCUUGCGCGAAGAACUUAAGGAUUUGAUUGAUGACAAUCCCAUUGAGGAGGACGACGGCAGCGACAAUGACUCAGACACAGCGAGUGGUGGUGAUGAAGAGGGCGGUGGAGGUAGCGGCAAGAAACGUAAAAAGCACGAAGAUGAUGAUUUGGAUGAUCGUUUAGAGGACGAUGAUUAUGAUCUGAUUGAGGAGAAUUUGGGCGUCAAAGUCGAACGUCGGAAACGUUUCAAGCGCCUGCGACGCAUUCAUGACAACGAAAGCGAUGGCGAGGAACAGCACGUGGAUGAGGGAUUGGCACGUGAACAAAUCGCCGAGCAGCUCUUCGAUGAGAACGAUGAUCAGAGCAUAGAGCGACGCAGUGAGCGCAGUAUUCGUGAGGCGGAUGCCUUUGAUGACGAGGACAGCGAGUCCGAUGCCGAUGAUUUUAUUGUGGACGACAAUGGACGUCCCAUUGCUGAAAAGAAAAAGAAACGCAAGCCCAUCUUUACAGAUGCCUCGCUGCAGGAGGGUCAGGACAUCUUUGGCGUUGACUUUGACUACGAUGAUUUCUACAAGCCCGAGGAGGACGAAUACGAGGACGAGUCCGAGGGCGAUGAGUACGACGAGGAUUUGCCCGGCGAUGAGUUUCGUGCGGCGAAAAAGAAGAAGGCCCCCAAAAAGAAGGCGACCAAAAAGACCAUCUUCGACAUUUACGAGCCGAGCGAACUCAAACGCGGACAUUUCACCGAUCUCGACAAUGAGAUACGCAAAACCGAUAUUCCUGAACGGAUGCAGCUCCGUCAAGUGCCCGUCACACCGGUGCCGGAGGGUUCACAUGAGCUGGACGAUGAGGCGAAUUGGAUUUAUCGGUUUGCGUUCUGCAAACAAACCGUUUCGGAGCAAGAGAAAUCCGAUAACCGGGAGAAGAUGCGCAAACCACCGACGGCUGUGGGUAAGAUAAAGCAAACGCUUGAGUUUCUGCGCAAUCAACAGUUGGAGGUGCCGUUCAUUGCGUUCUAUCGCAAGGAGUACGUAAAACCCGAGCUGAAUAUCGAUGAUCUGUGGAAGGUGUAUUACUACGACGAACGUUGGUGUCAGCUCAACGAGCGGAAACGCAAAUUGAAACUCUUGUUUGAGAAGAUGCGACAAUUUCAAUUGGAAACGCUUUGCGAUGAUCCCGAUAAACCGCUGCCCGACGAUGUUCGGCUGAUGUUGGACAGUGAUUUUGAGCGUUUGAACGAUGUGCAAUCGAUGGAAGAGCUGAAGGAUGUGCACAUGUAUUUUCUGCUCAACUACUCGCAUGAGUUGCCCAAAAUGCAGGCGGAACAGCGUCGGAAACAGUUGCAAGAGCGACGCGAAGCACGCAAAAGGGCGGCGAACAACAGCGAUGCCGAUGGCGAACAACCCAAUAGCGAUGCCCUCGAUCUCGAGGAGGCCGAACAACUCCAGCUCGCCGCCGAUGAACAGCUGAAACAGGCACCGAACAGCAGUCCCUAUGCGGUGUUCCGCAAGGCGGGCAUCUGUGGCUUUGCGAAGCAUGUGGGCUUGACGCCCGAACAGUUUGCGGAGAAUUUGCGUGACAAUUAUCAGCGCAACGAGGUGAAUCAGGAGAGUCUCAGUCCCACCGAUCUGGCCAAGCAGUAUCUCUCGCCCCGUUUCAUGACCGUCGACGAGGUGCUGCACGCUGCCAAAUAUGUGGUUGCCCGUCAAUUGGCCCAGGAGCCGCUGUUGCGCAAAACGAUGCGUGAGGUGUACUUUGAUCGGGCGCGUCUCAAUAUCCGACCCACCAAGAAUGGCAUGGUCCUGAUCGAUGAGAACUCGCCCGUUUAUUCGAUGAAGUAUGUGGCAAAGAAACCGGUUGGCGAUCUCUUUGGCGAUCAGUUCAUCAAGCUCCUGAUGGCCGAGGAGGAGAAACUGCUGGAGCUCACGUUCCUCGAUGAGUUCGAGGGCAAUGCGAAUGCCAAUGGCCAGCCCACGGACUAUGUUACGGAUGCCACACAAUUGUAUCAUCUCGAUCAGUUCGCCACGAAUGUGCUCGAGUGGAAUGCGCUGCGUGCCGAAUGCGUUAAGUUGGCGCUUAAGAAGUGGGUUAUUCCCGAUCUGAUCAAAGAGCUGCGUGCCACGUUGCACGAGGAGGCGCAACAGUUUGUGUUGCGCUCGUGCAUCGCCAAGCUCUACAAAUGGUUGAAGGUGGCGCCGUAUAAACCCGAGUUGCCCCAGCAUCACAACUCCGAGGAGUGGAGCACGUUGCGUGGCAUUCGGGCUUUAGGUUUGGCCUACGAUCCGGAUCCGGCGGUGGCCGCGUUUUGUGCUGUCGCCAGCGUCGAGGGUGAUAUUAGCGAUUAUCUGCGCUUGCCGAGCAUCCUCAAGCGCAAGAGUUCGCACAACGCCGAGGAGAAGGCGCAAAAGAUUGCCGAUUUGCGCAAGCUGAGUGAUUUCAUCAAGUCGAAGAAGCCACACAUUGUGGUCAUUGGCGCCGAGUCGCGGGAUGCACAAAUGCUGCAGACGGACAUACGGGAGAUACUUAAGGAUCUGGAGGUGAACGAACAAUUUCCACCCAUCGAGGUCGAGAUUGUCGACAAUGAGCUGGCCAAAAUCUAUGCCAACUCGAAGAAGGGUGAAGCCGAUUUCAAAGAAUAUCCGCCGCUGUUGAAGCAAGCCGCAUCGCUGGCACGCAAAAUGCAGGAUCCCCUCGUCGAGUAUUCACAGCUGUGCGAUGCGGACGAUGAGAUCCUGUGUCUGCGCUACCAUCCGCUGCAGGAGCGAGUGCCCCGUGAACUGCUUUUGGAGCAACUCAGUUUGGAGUUCAUCAAUCGGACGAGCGAAGUGGGACUCGACAUCAAUAUGAUGGUGCAAAAUUCGCGUACGGUGAAUUUGCUGCAGUACAUCUGCGGCCUCGGACCCCGCAAGGGUCAAGCGUUGCUCAAACUCCUGAAGCAGAGCAAUCAACGGCUCGAGAAUCGCACACAGUUGGUCACGGUGUGCCAUCUGGGACCGAAGGUGUUCAUCAAUUGCAGUGGCUUCAUCAAGAUCGAUACGAGUUCGCUGGGCGACAGCACCGAGGCGUAUGUGGAGGUCUUGGACGGGUCCCGAGUGCAUCCCGAGACGUAUGAAUGGGCGCGCAAAAUGGCCAUCGAUGCCAUGGAGUACGACGAUGAGGAAACGAAUCCGGCCGGUGCUUUGGAGGAGAUACUCGAGUCACCGGAGCGACUCAAGGACUUGGAUCUGGAUGCGUUUGCGGUGGAGCUGGAACGUCAGGGAUUCGGCAGCAAGAGCAUUACGCUCUACGACAUACGCAACGAGUUGAGCAGUCUGUAUAAGGACUAUCGAGCGGCGUACACGAAACCGAGCAGCGAGGAGCUCUUCGAUAUGUUAACUAAAGAGACGCCCGAUUCGUUUUAUGUGGGCAAAUGUGUGACGGCAAUGGUCACGGGUUUCACUUAUCGUCGGCCGCAGGGCGAUCAACUGGACCACGCGAAUCCGGUGCGCAUCGAGGAUACGGAUAGCUGGCAGUGUCCGUUCUGUAAUAAGGAUGAUUUCCCCGAACUCUCCGAUGUGUGGAAUCAUUUCGAUGACAACAAUUGUCCGGGUCAAGCGUCGGGUGUGCGGGUGCGACUCGAAAACGGUUUGCCGGGUUUCAUACACAUCAAGAAUCUGUCGGAUAAACAGGUGCGCAAUCCGGAGGAACGUGUUCGGGUCUCGCAAACGAUACACGUGCGCAUCAUUAAGAUUGACAUCGAUCGGUUCUCGGUCGAUUGCAGUUGCAAGACGGCCGAUCUCAAGGACGUGAACAACGAGUGGCGACCGCGUCGUGAUGCCUUCUACGAUUUCGUCACCGAGGAGCUCGACAAUCGCAAAGUCACCGACGCCAAGGCGAAGGCAAUGAAACGCAAAACCUAUGCGCGUCGUGUCAUCGCGCAUCCGAGUUUCUUCAACAAAUCGUAUGCGGAAGUGAUCGCAAUGCUCGCGGAAGCGGAUCAGGGUGAGGUUGCGUUGCGACCGAGCAGCAAGUCCAAGGAUCAUUUGACCGCCACAUGGAAGGUGGCCGAUGACAUUUUCCAGCACAUCGAUGUGCGUGAGGAGGGCAAAGAGAAUGAUUAUAGUUUGGGUCGCAGCCUGUGGAUUGGCACCGAAGAGUUUGAGGAUCUCGAUGAGAUCAUCGCUCGCCAUAUUAAUCCCAUGGCGGUGGCAGCACGCGAACUCCUCCAAUACAAAUACUAUAAACCGAAUACGGCGCCCGAGAAUGUCAACGAGCGCGACUUUAUGGAACAGAUUUUGCGCGAGGAGAAACAACGGGAUCCCAAGAAGAUACAUUACUUCUUCAGCGCAUCAAAGAGCAUGCCGGGGAAAUUCCUACUCUCCUAUCUGCCCAAGACAAAGGUGCGACACGAGUACGUCACCGUGAUGCCGGAGGGUUAUCGUUUUCGUGGCCAAAUCUUUGAUACGGUCAGCAGUCUGUUGCGCUGGUUCAAGGAGCAUUGGCUAGAUGCGCCCACGCACACGAGCAGCAGCAGCUCAAUUGUCCAGUCCAGCACACCGGCGGGCAACAAUACACCGAGCGGACUGAUGCGACCACCGGCCAUUGCGUCGCUCAGUUCGCUGAGCGGCUUGGGAGGCGGCGGCGGCGGCAGUGGCGCCUUUAGCAGCGCUGGCAGCGUCUCGGGCGGGACACCGCGCAGCGGGAUCAGCAGCAGCAGCGGCAUGGGCGGCGGUGAUCAUAUGCUCCGCAAUAGUUCCGGUGGCAGCGCCUACUCCCUAACGCAUUCCAUGGCCGGCGGCUACAAUUCUGGCGGUGGCGGCAAUUCGAUGUCCCAUCAUCCCUAUGGCAGCGGGAGCACACCGAGCUUUGCGGCCCACAUCAAUACACCGUAUACGCCCAGCGGUCAGACACCGUUCAUGACUCCCUAUACGCCGCAUGGCACACAGACGCCCCGAUAUGGUCACAAUGUGCCCAGUCCCAGCUCGCAGUCGAGCAGCAGUCAGCACCAUCAUCAGCAGCAACAACAGCAGCAACAGCAGCGUCACCAUCAGCAACAGCAACAUUAUGGCGGGACGCCACGUUACUAUGACAUGGGUGCGCCACCGAAUGCGUACAGCAGCAGCGGCAGCAGCAGUCAUCAUCAGAGCCAUCAUCACCAUCAUCAUCAGAGUCAGAGUCAUCAGCAACAUCAUCAGCAUCAGCAACACCAUCAACAGCAGCAGCAUCAACAUCAGCAGCAACGUGCCAAAGAGAACCUCGACUGGCAGCUGGCCAACGAUUCGUGGGCACGUCGCAAGCCCACCACACAACAAUCGCAAUCACAAUCACAGCAGUCGCAAUCCCAGCAAUCGUCGUCCUCAUCGUCACAGCUCGGCCUCGGCCUCGGCGCUGGCUCCACGCCCACUAAUGAGUAUCACACAAGCAGCAGCAGUCGCAGUGCUGCCGCUGCUGCUGCCGCCAGUGGCGUUGCCACAUCCUCGGCGGCUGGUGGAGCAGGUGGAGCAACUGGUGCUGGUGGAGCAACAGGUGGAGCAGUGGGAGCAGGUGGCAGCACUUCCAAGUCAUCGGUGCGCAGCACGCCGCGCACAAAUACCUCGCCGCACUCCAUGAAUCUGGGCGAUGCCACGCCCCUCUACGAUGAGAACUAGAGCUAGGGCAUUGGCAUUGGCGGAGAGAGGAGGAUUUAAUUAUACGCAAAAAAAAAAACUAGAAAUAUACAUAAGGCAUUAAGUAUAUUACAAAAACAAAACAACAAACACACACUUCUUGUACACUCACAAAACAAAUAUUAAGCAAAAAUGGACAACUCAAAAACAACAAACGCAACUCCUAAAAGAAAACAAGCAUUAAUAUUAUAUAUAUUAUUAUACAAUAUACAAACAACAAAUAAAACGUAAAUAUUAUUGCAAGAAAUAUGUUUUCAACACACACACACAUAACAUGUAUUUUACAUAGGCAUGUUAAGCCGUAUGCUAAAUUUAACAGCGCCAUGUUAAGUAACAGUUUUGAUCGGCGAAUGUUUGCAAAAAAAAAAAACAAAAUAAAAAUACUGUUGUGAGCGGGUUGCGCAAAAGAAAAUGAAAAGCCGCAAAGAUGAAAUAAAUUUCAACUUUUUUCUGAUAAA